UUAAAGGGAAACUACACACCCCGGCAUCCUCCGCGAAAAUUUCUAGCCAAUCGGCGCAUAAGGAUUUUUUUUUUUCACUGGCGCUGCCGGGGCGCGCGGGCGGCUUUUGUGUGAGGAGGAAGCGGGCGGUGGUGACCCGGACACACCCGGAAAAAUCCUGAGACGUACCGGGGGGGAGGGAGGGGGUAUCUAGUCACCCGGGAGACGACAUCCGGAAGCCUCGCGCGACGCCGGGGAACCCCCCUCCCCUGGACAAGAAGACACCCGUCAGCCCCCCCGCAAGGCCCCCACUCCGGCACCCCGAACACCCCCCCCCAACCGGGUGUACACCCGCCGGAAACGUCACCGCCCGGGAGGCGUCCAGUGCACGGACACCCGAAUAAAAGAACGGUCGCCAUUUUAUGUCGCCCCUUCAAACAGGGCUCACCCGGAAAAUAUCACGAGAGACUGGAUAGACGCCCGGAUUCUUCUCCUCCGCCCGGAUAUUACGUCACACACCCGGUUCUCCUCCUUCUCCUUACGGUCAUCCGCGAGUCCGAGACACCGGGAUCUAGAAUGGAACAAACUGAAGGCCCUAUGAGAGAAAGGGAAAGCUGAUGAUGCCUGAGCACGACAAUGGAUUUCUCCUUCUCUUUCAUGCAAGGGAUCAUGGGAAACACAAUCCAGCAACCCCCGCAACUCAUCGACUCCGCCAACAACCGGCAGGAUGAUGCCAAUAGUAGUGAUCAGGCCGAUGAGGGUGGGCACACACCCUACGAUUCCGGCCUCCAGACGGACUUCCAGUACCCCACUCCCACCACAGAGGACCUGCCGCCUCUGACCAAUGGCUAUCAAUCCUCGCUGGGAUAUGACUCGCAGGUCAAAUACGCAGCGUUUUCUCAGUAUCCCAAUGGCUCGGCCAAUGGGUACGGCACGAGGAGCUUCAGCACCCUGGAGUAUUACCACCACCUGGAAACAGCAACCAUGCGGCCUCACGAGGGAGUCCUCAAGUCCUCGCCCCCUCAACCCACAUCGCCACCCAACCUCCUUCAGCCACCUCCAUCCUCAACAAUCAUUACUCAAAAGAAGACUGGUUCUCCCGAAAUCAAGUUAAGAAUUACAAAGACAAUACAGAACGGCCGGGAGAUGUUUGAGUCCUCACUGUGUGGGGAUCUUCUUCAUGAAGUCCAGGCCGGAGAGAUCAGGAAAAAGCAUGAGAGGAGGAAAGAGAGGAAGGAGAAAAGAAAGAAGAGCCGGCAUCACCACCACCACCAUCAUCAUCACCACCAUCGGGAAGAGCUAACGGAGGAGGAGCCACAGCCACACGAGAUACAAAAGUUGGAACCUCCCGAGGAGGAAAUAGCUCCGCACUCGCCCGUCUCUCCGCUCCUCUCAGAGGUCAGGACUGGUGUUUGGUUUCAUGUCGGUGAUUUGGUCUGGUCCAAAGUGGGAACGUACCCUUGGUGGCCGUGUAUGGUGUCCUGUGACCCUCAGCUUCAUGUACACAGCAAGAUCAAUACCAGAGGUGCCCGUGAAUACCAUGUACAGUUCUUCAGCAAUGAACCGGAGCGAGCCUGGGUGCACGAGAAGCGCAUGCGGGAGUAUCGGGGCCAGAAGCAGUACGAGCAGCUGGUGGCUGAAGACUCCGCCAAGGUUGUCAACCAGUCCGAGAGACUUAAGAUGCGGAAACCUCGCCCUCAAAAGGAGCGAAUACAGUGGGAGAUCGGCAUUGCUCAUGCAGAGAAAGCCCUGCGGAUGACUCGGGAGGAAAGGAUAGAACAGUACACCUUCAUCUAUGUAGACCCAGAGACCUCUCCGGAACCCAAAAAAGCAGCAGGAGCAGCCGCCGCCGCCAGUAGCAAGAGGAGUCGGAGGUCCACGUCUAGUAGUGAGGCAGAACCUGCCCGUCCUAAAGAAGUCUCCUCUCCUCCUUCGAAGCACUCUGCUCCUUUACAGUCACCUUCAUCCAAGGACAAUAAAGACUCAGUACCUGAAACUCGGAGGCAGAGCCAGAGGAAACAGGUUCAAGAAGAAGAGCCAACGCCGCCCCCGUCCCAGCCCCCUCCAGCAAAGAUACCAUGGAAGACGGCCGCCGCCCGCAAGUCUCUUCCUGCCUCAGUCCUAUUACACAAGGGCACAAUUGACCUUCAGAAGUGCAACAUGUCACCCGUGGUGAAAAUCGAAAAUGUCCUCGCUCUCCACAAUGCAUCUUCUGAUGGUUUUGAACAGUUCAUAUACACAACCAAGGGAGUUGGCAACAAGACAGAAAUCACAGUCAAAGCUCCAGAAAAGACGUCUGUACCCUCCCCCAAUUUGAAGGCGGAGAAAAUGUCAGCACAACACACGCCUGCUCCCGAAACCUCAUCGGGGGCCACAGGAACCUCUGAGAAGAAACACCAGAGAAGGUCCAAUCGGACUCGAUCAGAAUCUGAGAAGUCCUUGGACUCCGUGCCAAAGAAGAAGGUGAAGAAAGAGCAGGUGGAUGUCACUCCAUUAACAGCAGUGCAGACUGGAUUGCAGAAGGGGGCCAGUGAGAUAUCAGACGCAUGCAAGCCCUUGAAGAAGAGAAGCCGGGCCUCUACCGACGUGGAACUUGCCAACUCCUCCUACCGGGAUGCUUCUGACUCUGAUUCACGUGGCCUGAAUGAUGCACAGAUUAGCUUUGAGAAGCAGGCAGACAGUCCAUCAGCUGCUGGGGAUGUCGAUGCUUCUGAUGUCCAGUCUGUGGAUUCCAGUGUGUCUCGGCGGUCAAGUAAGCGAGACACCGUGUGUCAGAUCUGUGAAAUUUUUGGGGAUUCACUGGUGUCCUGUGAUGGAGAUUGCUCUCGACUCUUCCAUCUUGAAUGUCUUGGCAUGGAUACACCACCAGAAGGAAAAUUUGUCUGCAUGGAGUGUAAAACCGGUCUCCACACCUGCUUCUCCUGCAAAAUCCCCAGUACCAGUGUGAAGCGCUGCUCUGUCCCUUCCUGUGGCAAGUUUUACCACGAAGCUUGUGCGCGGCAAUAUGCGGCCACCGUCUUAGAUUCUAGGGGUUUCCGGUGCCCCCACCAUUGCUGUACCUCCUGCACCGCUGAAAAGGACGUGUACAGAGCUUGCAAAGGUCGCAUGUUACGUUGUGUGCGGUGCCCUGUGGCGUAUCACAGCGGGGACAGCUGUGUGGCUGCAGGCAGCCUUAUCCUGUCUUCAGGCCUCAUGAUUUGCAGCAACCAUUCCAAGCGUAGCGGUCAUUCGUCCUGUGCAGUCAAUGUGAGCUUCUGCUUUGUGUGUGCUCGAGGGCUGAUAGUUCAGGAUUAUACCCUGGUCAGUUCUAUGUCCUUUAAGUCCCACUAUCUUCUGAAUGACUCAAAGCGUGCAGAGUUGAUGAAAAUACCUAUGAUUCCUUCCUCCUCGCCAGCUUUCCUAAAGAAAUCUGAGAAAGGAGGCGGCAAACUUCUGUGCUGCGAGUCAUGUCCAGCCGCCUUCCACCCCUCCUGUCUUAACAUGGAGAUGCCACAAGGGUCCUGGAGCUGCAACGACUGCAGGACUGGGAAGAAGCUGCACUACAAGCAGAUCGUAUGGGUUAAGCUAGGGAACUACAGGUGGUGGCCGGCGGAAAUCUGCAACCCAAAGUCUGUCCCAUUGAAUAUCCAGGGGCUGAAGCAUGUCAUAGGAGACUUUCCAGUUUUCUUCUUUGGCUCACAUGAUUACUACUGGGUGCACCAGGGUCGUGUUUUUCCUUAUGUAGAAGGGGAUAAAAGCUUUGCCGAGGGCCAGACCAGUAUGAACAAAACUUUCAAGAAAGCUCUUGAAGAAGCUGCUAAAAGAUUCCAGGAGUUGAAGGCACAGCGGGAGAGUAAGGAAGCUUUGGAGAUAGAACGCAACUCCAGAAAACCUCCUCCUUACAAGCACAUAAAGACCAACAAAGCUGUGGGGAAGGUUCAGAUCCAGGUGGCCGAUGUCUCUGAAAUACCUCGUUGUAAUUGUCGUCCCACUGAUGAAGCCCCUUGUGGCCUGGACUCCCAGUGUCUAAACCGCAUGUUACUGUACGAGUGUCAUCCUCAGGUGUGUCCUGCUGGUGAAUACUGUCAGAAUCAGGGAUUUACCAAACGGCUCUACCCAGAGACUGAGAUCUUUCGUACAGAAAGGAGAGGCUGGGGUCUAAGGUGCAAAAGAGACAUUCGCAAGGGGGAACUAGUCAAUGAGUAUGUUGGGGAGCUGAUUGAUGAGGAGGAGUGCAGACUACGCCUGAAAAGAGCCCAUGAAAACGGAGUCACUAACUUCUACUUGUUGACUGUCACAAAGGAUCGCAUCAUAGAUGCCGGCCCUAAAGGGAACUACUCACGGUUCAUGAACCACAGCUGUAAUCCAAACUGUGAAACACAGAAGUGGACAGUAAAUGGAGACAUCCGGGUUGGGCUGUUUGCCCUUUGUGACAUACCUCAAGAAACGGAGUUAACAUUUAACUACAACCUUGACUGUUUGGGGAAUGGCCGGACAGAAUGUCAUUGCGGGGCUGAAAACUGCAGCGGCUUCUUGGGGGUACGACCUAAAACAGCUUGUGCGACAGCAAAUGAAGAAAAGGCCAAAAAUGCUCGUCUGAAGGCAAAAAAACGGAAGAUCAAAACCGAGCAGAAGCAGAUGCAUGAAGAUUUCUGUUUCCGCUGUGGAGAUGGAGGAGAACUGGUGAUGUGUGAUAAGAGAGACUGUCCAAAAGCUUAUCACCUCCUCUGCCUUAACCUGACACAGCCGCCCUAUGGAAAAUGGGAUUGUCCGUGGCACCAGUGUGACCGAUGCGGAGCUGCUUCUUCAUCCUUCUGUGACUUCUGUCCAUCAUCUUUUUGCAAAGAGCACGAGAUAGGAGCUCUGAAAACCACAGCCCAGGAUGAAAGACUGUAUUGCUCGGAGCAUGACCCCAAACACUUGUUGCCCUAUGGGGAUGAGAAGAGAUUUAAAUGUAAAACAGAGGGUGAGGACUCCGCGUUUCCAUCCAAGUUUUAAAGGAGACAAUGCACUGAGAAAACCAGUCCUGUCAGCACCACGUACACCCCUUCCACCCUCCUCCUCCUCCUCCUCAUUGUGUAGUGGGGGCUUGUAACGCACACGUCCAAGUGUUUUAAUGCCAGGAUUAGAUUGUACAUGUCCUUUUCAGUGUCUUUUACUUUUUUUUUUUUUUUUUUAUCGUGAAACCAGUCUCCCUUUUUUUCCUCCACAUUUGUGAUGGACGGCAAGUUACAAGCACAACCUCAGAUUUGACCGAAAGUUUUAACUCUUUAGACGUGACACUUCUUCGAAGGACUGGCUGCCGCGUUUAAGACUGUGACCUCAAGAUUAAUCUCACCAUCAUGAAACUCAUUGCUGUCAAUUGGUUUUCUCAGGUCAGGUCGAUUCAUGUCAUUAUACUGGAAUAAGGAUAUUUACGUGCAUCUGCCAUGUUAUUUUUGGUAUUUUAGAAGAAAGGGGGGGGGGGGUCGUGAAAAAAAGGCACUUUAUUCCAAAUAGUCACGUGUUCGAUCCUGGAUGUGUUUCAUAAACUUCUAUGGAGAUUGCACUUUAAUGCUUGUAGCCAUUUCAUCUCACGCCUCCUGUACGAUACAAAUAGCAAACAUGUAUGUAUACAUUUCUAUCUAACGAAACCAUGCAAAUAGUCAUGUUAAAGGGGUACUACCGUGGAAAAAAUGUUUUUUUUUUAAAUCAACUGGUGCCAGAAAGU